GUAAAAAAACAACGUGCAAACAAAGAUUUGCAGAUCUACUGGGAAGGAAUAAUUUACGAGCGAGGAAAGAUGGAAGCACAACGAGCACAUCUAACUGGAAGUAUAAAAGUAUACAGCAAAGUUGCAGAACAUAACGCUGAAAUAUUAUUCUCUGAAGACUAUUCAAAUAUCUUUCCUUUUCAAAGUGGACAUCUUAAAACAAUCAGAGAUGAAAAAAACAAUCCAUUUUUAAACACGUUUGGAAAAGAUAAGGCCGAAAGGCCGAGUCCGAGUUACUCCGAGGAAUCUGACAUCGUAUCUGAGGACGAAAAUUUUGAUUGUAAUGACGAUUAUGAAGAAGACGAGGAGGAAAACGAGGAGGAAAAUACUCCUCCAAAAAUCGACAAAAAGGCCUUUCGUAAAACAUACGAGUCUAUUCCCGACUCUUCGAAAAUGCGGUUGCGCACAGGAACGAUAGUGGAAGACAUCCUAUUCGAUUUUUGUAAAGACAUGAACUAUGAGCACCAUGCUCACUCAUACAUUGUAGAUUAUGACGAUACGGAAAUUAAGGCGUUAUUUACUGAAACUGAAUGGCAGGAAUUGACCGAUGACCGAUUAGGAGUUCCCUCUAUUCCAGAUGAUAUUGCAAAGGAAUUGUCAAAAUACGGAAAGAAGAAAUUAGAAGAAUUUCGCGAAAUUUCGAUGACAUCUUAUCUUCGAGAUAAUGCUAAAUAUAACGUCCAUCAACAUUAUGACAACGAAUGGAUACAACUGUCCGUAAGAAAUCUUGUAAAUUUAUAUGAAAACACGGAUUGUCCUCUAACGAGAUAUCAUUAUGAGGGCUGGUACUUUGUAGCACUGUUUGGAAGUUGUAUAGAUUUCUGUCUUAGGGAUAUGCGAUUAGGAACUGAUAUUAAGAGAACUGAUGCUCCUUCUUUAACUUCUGCUAAUAGGAAAAAUCGUACUCAGUUAAGUAACACCAAGAAAGCGAAAGCUAACUGGGCGAAAAAUCGAUGGAAUAAUCUAUGUUAUCGACAGACUCCUUGA